AUGGCGGCGGGCGGCCUUGGCGGCGGCGGCGGCGGGGGGUCUAUCGGAGGAGGAGGAGGAGGAGGAGGAGCCGGCCCCGAGGGCUUCGGGCAGUGGCUGCGCGGGGCCUUUCGCUUCGCCACCGACAGGAACGACUUCCGGAGGAACCUGAUCGUCAACCUGGGACUGUUCGCCGCUGGCGUGUGGCUGGCCAGAAAUUUGAGCGAUAUCGAUCUGAUGGCUCCUCAGCCGGCCGCGUAAUGGAGCGAGGAAACCCCCGGAGCCGGCGCGAAGCCCAGGUUAACGCCUGCCCCGCCGAUCCGCCGAACAAGCGUCUGCCAGGGGAGCCGCUGCGGACAGACCACCCCAAGGUUAACUCGGGACGCGGAGACACCCCUUUCCUGGCUCGGUAACCUACCAGCGAGCGAUCCAGGCCGCCAGCAGGAGCCACAGAAGGCAAAGACGUUGCUCUUCGAUGGGCGUACUGAACGUAUUUCCAUACUCCUUCAGGGGAGGGGCCGGGGCUCGCCGUGGCAGUUGGAGGGAAGUGGCCUCGGUUUCUGUAUCGGGGCAAAGACGCUAAAGUUUAUUCCCGGAUGACUGAAAUAAAGACAGCGCGCGUACACA